AACUGCUGAGCUAUCUCUCCAGCAGCAAGAAAGAAAAAAAUAACUUCCAUAAUUCUGAGAGACAUGUUCUUUCUACUUUGCUCCUAAACAGACAUGUGGUAAUUAAAAAAAAAAUAUUUUUAAUGUGAUAGUACUCCCACUUUAUGAACAAGUUAAUCAAAACAUUUGAGGGACACCAAGGCCCCUCUUAGCCUAUCCAGGUUUUGGAGACCUGGAUUACCGGAUCCUGUAAUGUCUUGUUGUCAGUCUGAAAGAGGAAUUCUACCUCCAGGCCAGCAUAACCAUUUAUUUUACAGUGGCGGACUCUGAGAGCUGUAGCCAAAUUAUCAGUCUGGCUAAUGUUCAAGUAAAGCAGGACAAGAGGGCAUUCUCUUGAAGAGGAGCCUCCUGGGUACCUGGAAAGAUUCCUUCCUCUUCCACCAUGGUCCUAUCCUACUCUUCAGUUCUCCAGGGAAAGCAGAGUGACGAAAAGGAGGUCAUAGAAAUGGCACCUGAUGUCUCCACCCAUGAAAUACUCUAAAUAGAAGAUGGUUGGCUUCAACUACCACUGCGUGUUAAAUAGUGGUUCAGUGUUACAGAUUUUGUGCCCAAGAAGACAAAAACCUCAGGAGCUUAGAGGGAGCUAGCAUUUAGUUGGAGCCCUGUACUUCCCAAAGCAGAAAAUUGAAGUGCAGAUUUGAUAAUGUUUUACAAAUUCACACAGGUCAGCUAGUGGUUGAACCAAGACUUCAAUGAGUAAUGCCUGCCAAGAGUUUUUCAAAACUCCCCUGCAGAAGUCUUUAAGUCAAGUGAUACAACCGAGGCAAUGAUUUCUUCUCCAACGCGUGACUUUCCUGAUGAUUUUUUAACUGUGACCCCGUCAUUGAAAAGGUGAAAUUGAAAACAGCAGUGGCUGUUUUUCAGAUUGCUGUUUUAGGGACUUGAGCAAAGACGUUUUCAGCGAAGAAGCCAGCCUUUGUUCUCAGCCCGUAGUUGUUUUCUUCUUGUAAUGGAUCAAAAGACCAAUGCAGUUGAACUAAUAACUGUAAAGUGCCCGAAAACUCGAGAAGAGACUGCAGAUGUCAUGUCACGAAGGAUUUGAAUUUCACCUUCAAAACCAUGUAUCAAGCUCAUGUAUCCUUCUCCAAGCGUGGUCAAACAUGCAAAUGUUUGCUUUCUGAAUAAUUUGCCCUAAUGACUUUGAAGCAUUUUUAAGGAACAGUGGUGGCAUUGUUCGGCCCCGGCAGCAAGCACAUCCUUUGUCAGAUGUCCUGAGAGAUGGAAACAGUCCACCAGGAUGGUUUAAGACAUGGUGCUACAUUGGUUAACCUUGUCUUCAACUUGACAAAAUGUUGCCUCUGUAGAUUAUUAUAUCCCUGACACUUUGGAGACACACCCUCCUGGCUCUUAGCCAUUAGCUACCAAACCAUAGAAUGAGAGCUCUUUUAAUUUCUUAAAAGUUUUAACUUUCCUGCAGACCUUUCACACUUUCAUUGUCAUUUAGAAGUACUGGAGUUUUGGGGAAAGUUUUAAGUGAUUUUGAAUAGAAAGUUGCCCGUUGGCAGUUCCGUUUUCACAGGCAUUGAGGGCCUCUCGGUUCAUCAUUUAAACCUGGUCAGUAGAACCGGGGAAUUUCAGCCAUGACAAGAACAUCAGGGUUUCUCUUGACCUCUCCUCUGUCCGUUCUUAUUCAGCAGUGGGAUUUGGGGGCUAGCAUAUGUUGUCUUUGGGACAAUCCUGGUGAUAGAACUGUAGAUACUCAAUAAGCAGGAAGUUUCUCUGUUGAAGAAAGGAAAAAAAAAGGUUUCUGUGGGAAAGUAUCUUCUGAGAGUUGGCAACAUGCUACUUUAAAUUUCCUUUACUGCUUGCUGCCUUUUAAAAACUCAACAAUGUACUACAUUUUCUUUUCUAGUAAAAUUUACCACAUACAGUGUUAAUAGUUUUUCAAAUACUAAAAGGGGUGUUUAUUGUUAAGUCAGGAAAUGAACUGAAAAUUUUGUCACGCUUAAAAUUAUUCAGUCUGUUACUGUUGAUACACGGAAAAGAGAAAUCGAGGCCGGUAUAGCUUAGUUAAAUAUAGAUAUGAUGAGACUGUGCUGUUUUCUUUGCCUCACACUUAGCAUUCAUGUGUUUUGUUAGGUCGGAAGAGGUCAGUGAGAGAGAAUAGGCCGAUAGGAAAAGGAGUCACAGCUGAUAGAGGUUCCAACCUUAUUCAAGAAGAUGUUAGAGCAAAUGGUAAGCAAACAGGUGCAGAGGUGUACCAUGGAAGUUCAGGCAAAUGGGAACUGUAAGCUGAGGAGGAAGGAGGGGGUAGUGAACAUGGGUUGGUGGAGGAGAGGGCAUGCUGCUUGGAGGUGGAUUGGGCAGCAUCGAUGAGACAGAGAAAUACCAGGGAACAACUCAUGCUGGCAAAGCACAGUGCAACCGUUCACGCAGAAACUCAGAACGAUGCCCUUCUCUGGAGUGGCUAAAUGUCCCAUUUAUUUAUAGAAGUACACUUCCAGAUCUCAGCUCCAGAACAUCAUAGGGAACCUAGAGAUAGUUUGUAGAAUUUUCUUCCAGCCCUCUAAGUUGCAUAAUUCUAUGUUAAACAUUAGGUCAAAUGUUGAAUUUUUAUAUUUCAAAAAUGUUAAAUUAAUUAUAAAGUGUGGGGGAGUACAUCUCUUUUAGCAGCCAGAAAAAUCUUGGCGUGUAUUCGGAAUUGCUCAUACAUAUUUAAGAAGUAGCCCUUGUAAGCCUUUCUGGACUGACUGUGGAUCUUCCCCAGGCUCUGAGAACCUUAGAGAAAAAGAAAAAUUAAAGAUGCAUCUUUGGAGAAGAGAAAUGAAACACAUAAUUAAACAUCAUAGCUUGCAUGAUUCCUGUAGCCUGUGCCUCAAGUAUGUGGAACAUUUGGUGAGAAAUCAGUGUUGUGAUGAGUCAGCCAUUUUAACUGUAUAAAAUUAUCCAACCAAUGCGAAAGCCUUUGUCUGCCACAGCUCAGCCCUCAAUCUAACCUUGUUACUGAAACCAAGGUAUUGUCUUCAGGUAUCUGUUCUCAUAAUGCUUUAGCAUUGAUAGUGUUUAGAGUCUGCUCCCCUUUAAUGUAGUGGAGCAUGUGACCCACAGAUUGUUAUAGUAUUUUUUGCAUCAGUCAACAGUUAAAAACAAUCUGGUUUUAAAAGAUACCUUCUCUUGUAGUUAAAAAGUAAGGAAAUUUCAUUGAAUAGUAAUGCCUCCAAGUUAUUGGAGUAUAGUGGUUAGAUCUUUAUAAUACAUAAUAUACUUUAGCACCAUGGUCUCUGGAAUGAGGUGGCUUGAGGUCCUGUGCAAAACAAUAAUCCUCAGUUGCCAUAGCUUACAACUAUUUGAAGAAGAUGAUUUUUACGCACAUGUAUGCACACACUUACUAGAUAACAAACAAGAAAGGGGAGGACUCAUUCAGAUCAUUACAUACUUGAAUCCUAAUGGAGUCAGUGGUAUUCAUUCCAUGGUAAUCAAUAACAAGCCCUCAUAUUCUAUCAUAGUUGGCCUCCUAAAUCCUCCUAAAUAUUUACAGUAUUUAUCUUAGUGAGAAACAAAAAUAAAUAUUUCAAAAACCUACAAUGUGACUUCUAAGAUUGUGCCAUGGUGAAAGCCAUGUUGAACAUUUUCUUAUGCAGUUUGUGAACAUAUUUUCAGAUAUUAAAGAUUAACGAGAAUUACAAAUGAAUCAAAGUGUUUGCUCUUAUGCUGCCACUAUUGGGUAAUAACAAGUUGUGCAUAAUUUAUAAAAAUUAAAACUUCCACACAAGGUUCAAACGAACCAUUUUGGCUGCUGUGUUUCCGAUGAAUAUUUUAAAGGGCUAGCUAGUUCUUUUCUGUGAUUGGCAUGGAAGGGGAGGGGACAUCAGCCACUUUGGAUGCCGCUUGGCUCAAGCAAUUUGCAAAAUAAUAGUUGUCUGUUAUGUCAACGGAGCCAAGUUAUGAAGAGAGUUUGCAUUUUGUGUGAGUCUGAGACUGCAGAGGAAAAAAAAAAAAUCAAAGGAUUACCAGGAAUUUAUUGAGGAAUGCAAAACUUCUCAUAUGGAGAGACAUUUCACACAGCAGGACCUUCAGCCCAUGUGUGAGGCAGGCUGCUUGCACGGUGAAAAACAAAACAGCACCGCCCCCUCCCCUCCUCCCUGUCGGCUUCACCCCCCCUCACUCCAUUGACAUGCAUAGCUGGCCUGGUAGGUGUAAAAAUAGACUGGCAGUCCCUGAACUGGACAUGGUCACUGAGUGCAGCCUACAGUUGCUGGGGUUUUGAGUUCCCUCUGACACCAGCAAACCGGACAGCAGGUGGGGAGACCCGGUGAGGGCUAUGUGGGAGAACUGAGCAGAGGAGUUCAGGAUGAUGGAUUGUCCCCGCUAGUGGGUACCUGGGAGCCCAGGCCAGCGUGCAUGGGGCCAGGGCUGGCCCACUGAUCACAGCUGUGGAGCUGAGAUGGGGAAUGCCGCUCUCUGCCAGUCUUGCCAUGCGAACAAGAGCGUCAGAGCACAGGGAAACAUGCUGGAACUGGAUGCAACUCCAGACUACUAUGGCUGUAACAGUGACCAUGCCAAAGAACCUGUCUUCCGGUCCGACAGCAAUGCCAGCUUCCUCCGAGCUGCCAGAGCAGGCAACCUGGACAAAGUUGUGGAAUAUCUGAAGGGGGGCAUCGACAUCAACACCUGCAAUCAGAAUGGACUCAAUGCUCUCCAUCUGGCAGCCAAGGAAGGUCAUGUGGGCCUCGUGCAGGAGCUGCUGGGAAGAGGGUCCUCCGUGGAUUCUGCCACUAAGAAGGGAAACACUGCUCUUCACAUUGCGUCGCUGGCCGGACAAGCAGAAGUUGUCAAGGUGCUAGUUAAAGAAGGAGCCAAUAUCAAUGCGCAGUCACAGAAUGGCUUCACUCCUUUGUAUAUGGCUGCCCAGGAGAAUCAUAUUGAUGUUGUUAAAUAUUUGCUAGAAAAUGGAGCUAAUCAGAGCACGGCUACAGAGGAUGGCUUUACUCCUCUCGCUGUGGCACUUCAGCAGGGACACAACCAGGCAGUGGCCAUCCUCUUGGAGAAUGACACCAAAGGGAAGGUGAGGCUGCCAGCUCUGCACAUUGCGGCUCGGAAAGAUGACACCAAGUCUGCUGCCCUCUUGCUUCAGAACGAUCACAAUGCUGAUGUACAAUCCAAGAUGAUGGUGAAUAGGACAACUGAGAGUGGCUUCACCCCUUUGCACAUAGCUGCUCACUAUGGAAACGUCAAUGUGGCAACUCUUCUUCUAAACCGAGGAGCUGCAGUGGAUUUCACGGCCAGGAAUGGAAUUACUCCCCUGCAUGUGGCUUCCAAAAGGGGAAAUACCAACAUGGUGAAGCUCCUACUGGAUCGAGGUGGCCAGAUUGAUGCCAAAACUAGGGAUGGGUUGACACCACUUCACUGUGCUGCACGAAGUGGGCAUGACCAGGUGGUGGAGCUGCUGCUGGAACGGGGUGCUCCCUUGCUGGCAAGGACCAAGAAUGGGCUGUCUCCACUUCACAUGGCUGCUCAGGGGGACCACGUGGAAUGUGUGAAACACCUGCUACAGCACAAGGCUCCUGUAGAUGAUGUCACCCUGGACUACCUGACGGCCCUGCAUGUUGCUGCACACUGUGGCCACUACCGUGUCACCAAACUCCUUCUGGACAAGAGAGCCAACCCGAAUGCGAGAGCCCUGAAUGGUUUUACUCCACUGCACAUUGCCUGCAAGAAAAACCGCAUCAAAGUCAUGGAACUGCUGGUGAAAUAUGGGGCUUCAAUCCAAGCUAUAACAGAGUCUGGCCUCACACCAAUACAUGUGGCCGCCUUCAUGGGCCACUUGAACAUUGUCCUCCUUCUGCUGCAGAACGGAGCCUCUCCAGAUGUCACUAACAUUCGUGGUGAAACAGCACUUCACAUGGCAGCCCGGGCUGGGCAGGUGGAAGUGGUCCGAUGUCUCCUGAGGAAUGGUGCUCUUGUGGAUGCCAGAGCCAGGGAGGAACAGACUCCUUUACAUAUUGCCUCCCGACUGGGUAAGACAGAAAUUGUCCAGCUGCUUCUCCAACAUAUGGCUCAUCCAGAUGCAGCCACUACAAACGGGUACACACCACUGCACAUAUCUGCUCGGGAAGGGCAGGUGGAUGUGGCCUCUGUCCUCCUGGAAGCCGGAGCAGCACACUCCUUAGCUACCAAGAAGGGUUUCACUCCCCUGCAUGUAGCAGCCAAGUAUGGAAGCCUGGAUGUGGCAAAACUUCUCUUGCAGCGCCGCGCAGCUGCAGACUCAGCAGGGAAGAAUGGCCUUACCCCGCUCCAUGUUGCUGCUCACUAUGACAACCAGAAGGUGGCGCUGCUGCUGCUGGAGAAGGGUGCUUCCCCUCAUGCCACUGCCAAGAAUGGUUAUACUCCUUUACACAUUGCUGCCAAGAAGAAUCAGAUGCAGAUAGCUUCCACGCUACUGAACUAUGGAGCUGAGACCAGCACUGUGACAAAGCAAGGGGUCACUCCACUGCAUCUGGCCUCACAAGAGGGGCACACAGAUAUGGUCACCUUGCUUCUGGAAAAAGGAGCCAAUAUCCACAUGUCAACCAAGAGUGGGCUCACGUCCUUGCACCUCGCAGCCCAAGAAGAUAAAGUGAACGUUGCCGACAUUCUCACCAAACACGGGGCUGACCAGGAUGCCUCCACGAAGCUUGGUUACACUCCUUUAAUUGUGGCCUGUCACUAUGGAAAUGUGAAAAUGGUCAACUUUCUUCUGAAACAGGGAGCAAAUGUCAAUGCAAAAACCAAGAACGGCUACACACCUUUGCACCAAGCUGCCCAACAGGGACACACACACAUCAUUAACGUCCUGCUCCAGCACGGGGCCAAGCCAAAUGCCACCACUGCGAAUGGUAACACAGCCCUGGCGAUUGCUAAGCGGCUGGGCUACAUCUCCGUGGUUGACACCCUGAAGGUUGUGACUGAAGAGGUCACUACCACCACCACGACUAUCACAGAAAAACACAAGCUGAAUGUUCCUGAGACGAUGACGGAGGUCCUUGAUGUUUCUGAUGAAGAGGCUCUUAAACAGUUUGGUGACCACUUUAUUGAUGGGGAAACGCUUAGUGAUUCAGGUGAUGACACCAUGACCGGGGACGGAGGAGAAUACCUUAGGCCAGAAGAUCUCAAAGAACUCGGCGAUGACUCCCUGCCCAGCAGUCAGUUCCUGGAUGGCAUGAACUACCUUCGGUACAGCCUGGAGGGAGGGAGAUCUGACAGUACCAUUCCCAGCCUCCGAUCCUUCAGUUCCGACAGGUCCCACACUCUGAGCCACGCCUCGUACCUGAGGGACAGUGCCAUGAUUGACGACACGGUUGUGAUUCCCAGCCACCAGGUGUCGGCCCUAGCCAAGGAGGCAGAAAGGAAUUCUUAUCGUCUGAGCUGGGGCACUGAGAACUUAGACAACGUGGCUCUUUCUUCCAGUCCUAUUCAUUCAGGCCGCACCUCUCCAUGUCUUGAGCGUGACAACAGCAGUUUCCUGGUCAGUUUUAUGGUGGAUGCCCGUGGUGGUGCCAUGCGAGGAUGCAGACACAAUGGGCUCAGAAUCAUUAUCCCACCUCGGAAAUGCACGGCGCCAACUCGAGUCACCUGCCGCCUAGUGAAGCGCCAUCGACUGGCAACGAUGCCACCAAUGGUGGAAGGAGAAGGCCUGGCCAGCCGCCUGAUUGAAGUGGGACCUUCUGGAGCUCAGUUCCUUGGUAAACUUCACCUGCCAACGGCUCCUCCCCCACUUAAUGAGGGAGAAAGUUUGGUCAGCCGCAUCCUUCAGCUGGGGCCUCCUGGAACCAAAUUCCUUGGGCCCGUGAUCGUGGAGAUUCCUCACUUCGCUGCCCUGCGAGGGAAGGAGAGGGAGCUGGUGGUCCUGCGCAGUGAAAAUGGGGACAGCUGGAAGGAGCACUUCUGUGAAUAUACUGAAGAUGAACUGAACGAAAUCCUUAAUGGCAUGGAUGAAGUGCUGGACAGUCCCGAGGACCUGGAAAAGAAACGAAUCUGCCGCAUCAUCACUCGAGACUUCCCACAGUACUUUGCGGUGGUGUCUCGCAUCAAACAGGACAGCAACCUGAUUGGUCCAGAGGGCGGAGUGCUGAGCAGCACUGUGGUGUCCCAGGUGCAGGCUGUCUUCCCUGAGGGCGCACUCACCAAGCGCAUCCGUGUAGGCCUGCAGGCUCAACCUAUGCACAGCGAGUUGGUGAAGAAGAUCCUAGGCAACAAAGCAACCUUCAGCCCUAUAGUCACUUUGGAACCCAGGAGAAGAAAAUUUCACAAGCCUAUUACUAUGACCAUUCCUGUCCCCAAAGCUUCAAGUGACGUCAUGCUGAAUGGUUUUGGGGGAGACGCACCAACCUUAAGGUUACUAUGUAGCAUAACAGGUGGAACCACGCCUGCGCAGUGGGAAGACAUCACAGGAACUACGCCACUAACAUUUGUCAAUGAAUGUGUUUCCUUUACAACGAACGUGUCUGCCAGGUUCUGGCUGAUAGACUGUCGACAGAUUCAGGAGUCUGUUUCGUUUGCAUCACAAGUGUAUAGAGAAAUUAUCUGUGUACCAUAUAUGGCCAAAUUUGUAGUGUUUGCCAAAUCCCAUGACCCCAUUGAAGCCAGGUUGCGGUGUUUCUGUAUGACAGAUGAUAAAGUUGACAAGACACUUGAACAACAAGAAAACUUCUCUGAGGUGGCCAGGAGCAGGGAUGUGGAGGUAUUAGAAGGAAAACCUAUUUAUGUUGAUUGUUUUGGCAACCUGGUACCGCUAACCAAGAGUGGCCAACAUCAUAUAUUCAGUUUUUUUGCCUUCAAAGAAAACAGACUUCCUCUCUUUGUCAAGGUGCGGGAUACGACUCAGGAACCCUGCGGGCGACUAUCAUUUAUGAAGGAACCAAAAUCCACAAGAGGACUAGUGCACCAGGCCAUUUGCAACUUAAACAUCACCCUGCCGAUCUAUGCGAAGGAAUCGGAGUCAGAUCAAGAGCAGGAGGAAGAGAUCGGUAUGACAUCAGAAAAAAAUGAUGGGACAGAGUCAUCAGAAACAUCUGUCCUGAAAAGCCACCUGGUUAAUGAAGUUCCUGUCUUAGCAAGUCCGGACUUGCUCUCUGAAGUUUCUGAGAUGAAACAAGACUUGAUCAAAAUGACUGCCAUCUUGACCACAGAUGUGUCUGAUAAGGCAGGUUCUAUCAAAGUGAAGGAGCUGGCCAAGGCCGCUGAAGAAGAACCAGGUGAACCGUUCGAAAUUGUUGAGAGAGUUAAGGAGGACUUAGAGAAAGUGAAUGCAAUCCUGAGAAGUGGAACCUGCGUGAGAGACGAAGGCAGAGUACAGAGUUCUCAGUCUGAGCAGGAGCUAGAAGAGGAAUGGGUCCUAGUCAGUGAUGAGGAAAUCGAAGAGGCCAAGCAACAUGCACCUGUAGAAAUCACUGAGCAGCCAUGUAUAGAAGUCAGAGUAGACAGGGAGACCAAGGUCAAAUCAGCCAAGGACUCCACUGAGUUAGUGAACUACCUUACAGAUGACCUCAAUUCAUACACUUCUCCUCACGAAAAGAAGCCACAAGCAGUUCGAGAGAAGUCAGGGGAGACAAGUCAGGCUUCAGCUGUUGGCAAGAGUUCUGAGAGCAAUAAAGGGAAGGCUGUGUCAGCAGAGGAGAAGCAGAGUGCCCAGAAGCAGCCCAAACCCAGCCUGGUGAUAAAAAAGCCAGUUCGGAGGAAACUCAAAGACAAGCAGAAACAGAAAGAGGAGAGUUCCCAAGGCAGCGAAGAAACAACUGAACUCAGGAAAGGUAGUUCAGAGGAGUCGGUGGAUGAAGAGCGAGGCCUCGCCCCCGAACCCCUUCCCACGGCCAAGGCCACCUCUCCUCUGAUAGAAGAAACUCCUAUCGGUUCCAUAAAGGACAAAGUAAAGGCUCUUCAGAAGCGAGUAGAAGACGAGCAGAAAGGUCGAAGCAAGCUGCCGGUCAGAGUCAAAGGCAAAGAGGAUGUGCCUAAAAAGACCACGCCCAGGACACACCCGGCUGUGUCACCCUCUUCAAAGUCCUCUCCUUCCUCUAAAACUGAACGACACUCUACCCUUUCUUCCUCUGCAAAAACGGAAAGACACUCACCAGUGUCACCAUCAAGCAAAACCGAGAAACACUCACCAGUGUCGCCCUCGGCAAAAACCGAACGACAUUCGCCAGUAUCAUCAGGUAAAGCUGAGAAGCAGUCACCUGGAUCCCCCUCAACAAAAAAUGAAAGGCAUUCCCCUGUGUCAUCUCUAAAAACGGACCGACACACACCUGUGUCACCUGCAGGCAAAACAGACAAGCGUCCACCAGCACCAUCAUCUGGAAGGACAGAGAAACACCCUCCAGUGUCCCCUGGAAGGACGGAAAAACGCUUGCCAGUUUCACCUUCUGCGAGAACCUCAGAGAAGCAGGCACCUGUGUCGACUGCAGGGAAAAAUGAGAAGCACCUGCCUGUGUCACCCGGGAAGGCAGAAAAGCAGCCCCCUGUCUCUCCCACCUCCAAAACAGAACGAAUCGAGGAGACAAUGUCUGUCCGGGAGCUGAUGAAAGCUUUCCAGUCAGGCCAGGACCCAUCUAAACACAAAACAGGACUCUUUGAGCACAAAGCAGCAAAGCAAAAACAGUCCCAAGACAAAAGUAAGACUCGAGUCGAGAAAGAAAAGGGGCACACAGUAACCCAGAGAGUAGAAAAUCAGACAACCAAGCGUGGCCAGAGAUUUCCAGUGGCAGCAGCCUCCGAAUCCAGACGAUUCCGUUCCUCCACCAUCACUGUUGGGCUCAGGACAGAAGAUCCGGUCAGAGAAAAGUUUGAGAAAGCCCCCAUUAUUAAAACCCCUGAGCCGGUUCCGUCCGUGGUAGCAGAAGAAAGCCGUCGGGGCAGUGAGACCCUUCAAGACAAGAUGGCAGAUGAGCAAGGAGACAUGGACCUUCAGAUCAGCCCCGACAGGAAAACCUCCACUGACUUUUCUGACAUCAUCAAGCAAGAGUUAGAAGACAAUGACAAAUACCAGGAAUUCCGCCUCACUGAGGAGACAGAAAAGGCUCAGGUUCACUUAGACCAAGUCAUCACGAGUCCUUUCAACACAACGUUCCCACUCGAUUACAUGAAAGAUGAGUUCCUUCCAGCUCUGUCUUUGCAGAGCGGCGCUAUGGGUGGCAGUUCUGAAAGCCUGAAACAGGAAGUGGUAGCAGGCUCGCCCUGUGGCAGCCUGAUGGAAGGCACCCCCCAGAUCAGUUCGGAAGAGAGCUACAAGCAUGAGGGCCUAGCGGAAACGCCCGAGACAAGUCCAGAGAGUCUGUCUUUCUCACCAAAGAAAAGUGAGGAACAAAUUGGAGAGAUCAAGGAAGCCAAGGCAGAAACACCCGCCGAAAUUCCUUCAGAAAAAGAGCUUCCUAUCACGGAAGACAUUGCCGAUAGUUCUGAAACACAAGGUGCUGUGGUCACGGGGGGUUCAGAGCCUUCUACUGAGCAUUUUCAGAAGGAGGUCACCCAAGACCCUUCCCAAGAUGCAUGCUCCAAACAAGAUGGUUGCCCGAGCAGCCACAGUGUACCAUUAGCAAAUGAAACGUGCCAGGCAUUUACUCAGAAAGGGUCCUGUGAUGAAAGUCAGCUCCCCCUUGUUAGUUCAGGUUCUAGGCCAGAACCAGAGAGUGACACUCAGGAAUCCACUACUCCCUCCGAGGUGACAAAGGCUUUCCCACCAUCUGAUGCUUCUGUGAAGACAGGUGAGGGCACAGAACCAAAGCCCCAGGGAGCCAUUAGAAGUCCCCAAGGGUUAGAACUUCCACUCCCUAGCCGGGAUAGUGAGGUCCUCAGCCCAGUGGCUGAUGAAUCAUUAGCAGUGAGCCACAAAGACUCUUUAGAAGCCAGCCCUGUGCUGGAAGAUAACUCCUCACAUAAAACUCCCGAUUCUCUCGAACCAAGUCCUCUAAAAGAGUCUCCUUGCAGGGACUCCCUUGAAAGCAGCCCAGUUGAGCCUAAAAUGAAAGCAGGAAUUCUCCCAAGUCACUUUCCUCUCCCUGCAGCUAUUGCCAAAACAGAUCUUGUUGCUGAAGUGGCUUCCAUGCGUUCUCGGCUGCUCCGAGACCCUGAUGGCAGUGCUGAGGAUGAUAGUCUUGAACAGACAUCACUCAUGGAGAGCUCAGGGAAAAGCCCCCUCUCCCCUGACACUCCCAGCUCUGAAGAAGUUAGCUAUGAGGUCACACCCAAGGCUUCAGAUUCAAGUACACCCAAACCAGCUGUGAUUCAUGAAUGUGCAGAGGAGGAGGACUCUGAAAAUGGGGAGAAAAAGAGGUUCACACCAGAAGAGGAAAUGUUCAAAAUGGUAACCAAAAUUAAAACAUUUGAUGAACUUGAGCAAGAAGCAAAGCAGAAAAGGGAUUACAAAAAAGAACCCAGGCAAGAUGGAUCCUCUUCGGCCUCGGAUCCUGAUGCUGACUGUUCGGUAGAAAUGGAUGAACAGAAACAGACGGAGAGCAUGGAUGAUGAGAGUGCAGUCCCUGUUGUGGUGACUUCGGAGAGCAGAAAAGCGUCUUCCUCCUCUGAAAGUGAACCUGAGCUGACCCAGCUGAGUAAAGGUGCUGACUCAGGACUUCUGACAGAGCCAGUUAUUCGAGUGCAACCUCCAUCUCCCCUCCCAUCCAGCAUAGACUCUAAUUCCAGCCCCGAAGAAUCACAGUUCCAGCCUAUAGUUUCCAAACAGUACACUUUCAAGAUGAAUGAGGAGACUCAAGAAGAGCCGGGUAACUCAGAAGAAGACAAAGAUUGCGAAUCUCAUUUAGCUGAAGACAGUCAGGCUCGUUCUACUGAUGGUGUUGAUAGGUCUUCUGAUGAUCUGGACAGAGAGACUCAUCAGUCAGAUACCUGUGAUGGCCACGGUUGUGAGGCUGUGAGUCCUAGCAACUCAGCCCCCCUUGCCUCCCUAGGGGUUCAGAGCCCAACAUCUAAUGAUGCUGAUGAGCAGCUGGCCAUGGAUAAAGGGUCACUGGCUCCCCAGGAUACUUGUGAAAAUGACCCAAAAGGAAGAGAGCUUGAUCCUUCUGGGGUAGAAUCUACAGGAGCAGAUCUUCCCAGUGGAAGCUCUUCCUUGUCUUCUUUGUCUCAUUGUGUAGUAUCUGAAAGAAAGGAAUCAGCUGAAGAAAUACCCUCUCCAUCUUCCACUGGAAAAGUAGAGGUCGCAAUAACUGAUCAGACUUGGGAGAGCAGGUCAAACGACUAUCCCGCUCAAGACUCAUCUACCACAACUCAGACAGAUAGGUUUGCCAUGGACGUUCCAAUGUCUGAUUUAGCUGAGACUGAUGAAAAUUCUGAUCCUCAGAUAACCAGCCCCUAUGAAAAUGUUCCUUCCUCAUCGUUUUUCUCUGGGGAGGACAGCAAAAUACAAACGGAUACAUGUCGUACCACAGUUGUUUGUUCACCUGAAAUGUAUUCUGUUGUCAUCAGGUCCUCUGCUGAGGAUGUUGUAAGGGCAGCCUCCUCUAGCAGAACCGUCUCCAGCCAAGAAUCGAAUUUUGAGAGCCAUGACCUGGAAACUGAACCCGAGCAAAACAGUACCUUGUGGGGCAUGCAGCAGUCAAAUGGUCCUUCCUCCUCGGGAGCCCCCACUACACCAAAUGCACCAGCCGUCAUUGGCGAGCACGUGAGCAAAGUCAUCAUCACGAAAACUGACGUGGAUUCUGACUCCUGGAGUGAAAUCCGUGAAGAUGACGAAGCCUUUGAAGCUCGGGUGAAAGAGGAAGAGCAGAAGAUAUUUGGCUUGAUGGUAGACAGACAGUCACAGGGCACCACUCCCGAUACCACUCCAGCUAGGACUCCCACCGAGGAGGGGACCCCAACAAGUGAACAGAACCCAUUCCUCUUUCAGGAAGGAAAGUUGUUUGAGAUGACCCGAAGCGGUGCCAUCGACAUGACCAAACGGUCCUAUGCGGAUGAAAGUUUGCACUUUUUCCAGAUUGGUCAAGAUUCCAAUGAAGAGACUCUCUCCGAAGGGGCCACAGGGGCUGAGCUGCCACAGCUGGAAAACACAAACGAGUCACUGGAACUUUCAGAAUCCAAAGAAGCCAUGGAUGAUGAGGGAGAAUUACUUCCUGAUGAUGUGAGUGAGGAAAUAGAGGAGACAGCUGCCUCAGAUCAUAACUUUGACUCUCAAGUGAUGGUUUCAGCUUCCUCGGAAAUGCCCACAAGAGAGGCUGUAUCCACAGCAGUCGAGGACCUCCCUACCAUGCAGUUGAGUGACAUGUCUUCUCUUAGCACUGUGAAGCAGAAGCCUUGCCCUGCCUCCCCUCAACCUGUUGUUCAGUUGGACUUGAACACAGUCACUAGGUCUGUUCAUUCAGAUCGGGAUGAUGAGACCCCAGACUCUUCUCCAGAGGAACAGAAGUCUGUGAUUGAGAUCCCUACUGCACCCAUGGAAAAUGUGCCUUCUGCUGAAAGCAAACCUCCAAUUCCUGUAAGGACUCUCCCUACUUCAGGCCUAAUCCCUCCAUCGGUGGAGGAUGAGAGCGCAUUUUCUGAUGAGUUCCCAUCUGGUAUAGAUGAGGAAAGUAAGGACGAUGAAGCAAAACCAAAGUCCAAAAUCCCCAUCAAAGCACCCACCCAAAGACCUGAGUGGCAGCUCUCCUAUCCAGACACAUCUCUCCAGAAGACAGCUGUUCCCCAGGGACAGGGCACACUAAGCAGAGCACCAGAUGGUAGAAGCAAAUCUGAAUCAGAUGCUAGUCCUUUGGAUGCUAAGAUGAAAUGCCCAGUAAAAGCCAGAAGUUACAUUGAGACAGAAACAGAGAGCAGGGAGAGGGCAGAAGGGUUUGACUCAGAAUCCGAAGAGGGGGCCACAAAACCAAAGCUGUUUGCAUCCCGAUUGCCAGUUAAGAGCAGAAGCACCCCGCCUUCCAGCAGGACAGGCAUGAGCCCCACAAAAGAGAGUAGGGAGCAUUUCUUUGACCUUUAUAGAAACUCCAUAGAGUUCUUUGAGGAGAUUAGUGAUGAGGCUUCCAAAUUAGUGGACAGGCUCACACAGUCCGAAAGGGAGCAGGAGCCACCUUCAGAUGACGAAAGUAGUAGUGCCCUAGAAGUGUCAGUCAUUGAGAAUCUGCCACCUGUUGAGACUGAGCAUUCAGUUCCUGAGGACAUCUUUGACACAAGGCCCAUUUGGGAUGAGUCCAUUGAGACUAUGAUUGAACGCAUCCCUGAUGAAAAUGGCCAUGACCGAGCUGAAGAUCCCCAAGAUGAGCAGGAACGGAUUGAAGAAAGGCUAGCUUACAUUGCUGAUCAUCUUGGCUUCAGCUGGACAGAAUUAGCAAGAGAACUGGAUUUCACUGAGGAGCAAAUUCACCAAAUUCGAAUUGAGAAUCCCAACUCCCUUCAAGACCAGAGCCAUGCCCUGCUGAAGUACUGGCUGGAGAGGGAUGGGAAGCAUGCCACAGAUGCUAUCCUCAUUGAAUGCCUCACCAAGAUCAACAGGAUGGAUAUUGUACAUCUCCUGGAGACCAACACAGAACCCCUCCAGGAGCGCUUGGGCCACAGCUAUGCGGAAAUGGAGCAGACCAUUGUACUGGACAACAGUGAAGGCUUUUCAGUACUUCAGGAGGAGCUCUGUGCUGCCCGGCACAGGCAGAAAGAGGGGCAGGUGGCUUCCAAAGAAAGCGAGUCCAGCGACCACCCACCCAUGGUCUCGGAAGAAGACAUUUCUGUCGGUUAUUCCACAUUUCAGGACUGCACCCCCAAAACCGAGGGGGACAGCCCAGCAGCAGCACUCUCUCCCCAAACGCACCAGGAACCAGUUCCACAAGAUUUCUCAGGGAAAAUGCAAGACCAGCAGGAAUACUACGUGACAACACCAGGAACAGAAGCAGCAGAGACUCAAAAGGCCACAGCAGUUCCUGGCUCUCUCUGUAAGACUCCUGAGGACAUCAGUUCCCCUCCUGAGGAAGCAAAGACUUGUCUCCAGACCCCAGUGACCAGUGAGCGUUCUUCUCCCAUUGUGCAAGAACCCGAGGAGGCUCCUGAGCCCAAAGAGGAGAGUUCUCCAAGGAAGACCAGCCUGGUGAUAGUGGAGUCAGCAGAUGACCAGCCACAGGUCUUGGAAAGACGCGAUGAUGAUGAUGACGUGGCCUUUCAAAAGGAGCUAACAGAGGAAUUAGGGGAGCUGGAGGCCAGCUCUGAUGAGGAGGCCAUGGUAACUACCAGGGUUGUCCGGCGGAGAGUGAUUAUUCAGGGAGAUGAUAUGCCUGACAUACCCCCAGAAACCGUCACAGAAGAAGAAUAUGUUGAUGAGAAUGGACACACCGUGGUGAAGAAGGUUACCCGGAAAAUCAUCAGGCGGUACGUAUCCUCUGACGGCAUGGAGAAGGAGGAGAUAACGAUGCAGGGAACCCCACAGGAGCCAGUCAGCAUCGAGGAUGGGGACAGCUAUUCCAAAGUGAUAAAGCGUGUGGUAUUGAAGAGUGACACCCAGCAGUCAGAGGUGACCUUGUCUGAACCCAGCAUUUUGUCCAGUACCUCGCAGUUUCAGGCUGAACCAGUAGAAGGCCGUAGAGUCAGCAAAGUUGUUAAAACAACAGUGGUACAUGGAGAAAGGAUGGAGAAAAGCCUGGGAGACUCUAGCUUAGCCACUGACCUUCCUUCAGCCAAAGAUGACUUUGAAGAGGCUUUGGGUUACACAGGGAGCCACAUGAAAGUCCAUUUCCCCAGUUUAGUAGAGAAUGAAAUCCUGAAGGAGGAUGGAUCAAUAAUUAAGAGGACAACAAUGAAUAAAGCCAGGACACAGAAGAGGGCUGUGGUGAAGGACCAGCAGGGGAAACACAUCAACUUGGAGCACCUGGAGGAUGUUCCCGGAGCACUAGACCAAGACGACCUCCAGAGAGAUCUCCAGCAACUCCUUCGGCACUUCUGCAAGGAGAGCACAAAGCAAGAGGCCAAAUGAGGAGCUGCCCAGUUCUCACCAGAAACCACACACCCACUCAAUAUGCAACUUCCCAUUUCCUCACAGGAGUGACCUAAGUGGCCUAAUUACUGGGAUCCCGAGACGUUUCCACUCUCGGCAAAUACACGGCAUUUUCUUUUGCUUCCUUCUCCCCUUACCCUCUCUAACUAUAAGCUAAUUUGUGACCAAAGAUAGCAUCCUUUAUUCUGGAUGCUGUAGCCACUAUUUUGAGCAUCCGUGCUAACCUGGGAACUGGCACCUCCAUUGUUCUUUGCUUCUGCACAAGCUCCACGAAAAUCCACGAAUCAGGAGAACUUCACCUGCAGACUUCUUCAAGUGACAAGAGGGGAAUCCUCCCGAGGAUCUCCGUGCAUAAUGUAUAUAGCUGAAAUUCUCAGACGAACAGCAGAGUAAAGUUUAAACCACUGCCUGUCAUAAUCACACUGGGCAUCAGGAGAUAAAAGCCUCUCGAGAUUGCUGAACAAUGGUCAAUUAAGACAUUGCUAACACAGUUGAAGGGCAAUAUCAUUCUACGGAAGAGACACUUCAGACCUAGACAUGUCCUUAGCGCUUCCAGAGUAGCCACCGCUCCUCAAGGCAGGAUCACAACCUCGAAGACUGAUCCCAAGGAGCUGUCUCUAGUACUGGUCAGCCAUUGCCGAUGGCUCUCCGACUGCCACCCUGAGGGAGGGGAAGAAGGGCGCACAGGCGAGCAGGUGGAAACAAUGAGGUAUUCUGGUGCUAGAAGCCGCAUGGGUGGCGUUCUAGUGCUUUCAGGUGUUUUCGAUUUUGGACACGUUGGCAGGGUAUUUGAAAAGCUAUAACUACUGUAGUUUUCCAGUGUUCAUUGCUGCUUUAGCAAACCACGCUGUCUUACUGGUGGUACGUUCUUCUGGCCACUGCACUGUAGAUAAUUCAUGGAAACAAGAUUUCUGCGCCACACACAAUGUUAAAUGCUGUCACCAUGUUGGAGUGGUUUCUUUUUUUUUUUUUUUUUUUUAACCCCACCUCCAGAUGUAUCUCUUAAUACCUGCAUGUGGCAUUAAACACACACACACACACACACACACACAGCCCUUCUUAUCACACUAAUGGUUUUCACUCUGGGCUUUCAUUUUCUAGCUACGUCUGCUUUUCAGUUUGCAGACGAGAUUGAGAAAUCUUUGGAAAAUUUGGUUUUGAUUAAUUUUUUUUUAUUUAUUUAUUUGAGACCCAGACACCCUUGGAAACUGAAGUGCAUUUGUGUAACGUUCUGUUUGUUUCAGAGAAGGGACAAUGACAGUCUGAGUGAUCCCCGUGCCCGACGUCUAAUCCCUCUAGUGGUUGAAGCUGUGUAGCAUUUUAACAUAUAUAUAUAUAUAUUCACAAAUAUAUUCAUAUAAACAGUAUACGUUUUGAAUCAGUUAUUUGUUAAAGAAAAGUAUAUUCAAUGAAGAUAAAAUUUAAAAAGAAAGAAAGAAAGAAAACAGUGUACUCUCCUGAGACUGAACUUUUUCCGAUCCUAUCUGGCCUUUUCCUGCGUGCAGAACUGACUCAUUGCUCGGAAUGUCCAACACAAACAAGACAAACAAUGGCACUUCAUCCUUUAAAGUAGCAUUGCCAAGAGAGGAAUUUUCUUGGGAGAGAGGCUUCCCAUCAGCCAAAUCUUCCGAGCCCCCAACAUUAGCACUUUCUGGAGGGGGGAGGGGUGUUGAGUAGAGACAAAGUAUUCUUUGGCACCCAGAACAAGAGAGGCAGGUGGCAGCCCUUUUGGAGAUAGGCCAUGGCCAUCUUGUCAGACCUUCACCGGAGCUCAUGAAAAGCCUUUCUGUUGUGUUCUUUGCAGUGCAGAAGAUGUCUGUGUAGCAACAUAAUGGUUAUUCACCUUUUUUUCGAUUUUGAUUUUUUUUUUUUUGCUGUGUUAUAAAAAAAAAAAACUUGAAUACUGUGAGAAGAAGUGAAUUUUCAGUUGAUGAAUCAGCAUCUUGUUCCCAUGGUGAUAACACUAAUUGAAUAUAUCUAUGAGGGCAUGUAUUAGUUAAUGGAAAACAAUACAACACUAACAAUACAUAGCUGCAAUGUUGUACAAUGGCUGAUUUAACUAAAUAAAAUGUACAAGUGUUAAAUGUG